GUGAGCUUCAAUUGGAAAUAUACCCACGUGGUAAAACUGAUGGCAUCCAAUGUUAAGACUGAGCCUGGAGUCCAAAAUGAGGAAUCAGAAGACACCAACAUGAUGAAGAUAUUAAUAGCAAGUGAUAAUCACCUUGGCUACAUGGAGAAAGACCCAGUCAGAGGCAACGAUAGCUUAGAAACCUUCAAAGAGAUACUAGCCAUUGCCAGAGAUCAAAACGUUGAUUUUAUUCUUCUUGGUGGUGAUAUGUUUCAUGAGAACAAACCCUCGCGUCAAGUGAUUUUCCGUACGAUGGAGCUCCUUCGUCAGUUCUGUAUCGGAUCCCGUCCUUGCCCUAUUGAAUUCCGCAGUGAUCCGUCAAUCAACUUUCAUUCGAGUUUUCCUAAUGUUAAUUAUGAAGAUCCUAAUUAUAACAUCGGCAUGCCUGUUUUCUCUAUUCAUGGAAACCACGAUGAUCCAACUGGGGAUCAUAACUUAAGCUCACUGGACAUACUAAGUGUCUCGAAUUUGGUGAAUUAUUUUGGAAAGGCAAAAGAUGUUGAGAAUAUUACAAUAUCUCCACUUUUAUUGCAAAAAGGUAGUACAAUGCUGGCACUCUAUGGUUUGGGUAGCAUACGAGACGAGAGGCUUAACAGGAUGUUUCGUCUCGGGAAAGUGAAGUUCCUCCAGCCGAAAGAAGAUCAGAAGAAAUGGUUUAAUUUAUUCGUGAUACACCAAAACAGGUCUCGUCAUACGGCUACUAAUUACAUUCCUGCUACUUUCCUUCCCUCGUUUCUCGAUCUUGUGGUCUGGGGCCACGAACACAGAUCCCACACUUCCCCCGAGUACCAGGCCCUCACUGAUAUCAACGCUAUGGGCGGAGAACCUGAAGACCCUGACGAAGACGACCACGAUGAUAAGAUGGGUUUUUACAUUUAUCAACCUGGUUCCUCUGUAGCUACUAGUUUGUGUGAAGGAGAAGCUGCUAAGAAGCAUGUUGGCAUUCUCUAUAUCAAGGGGACUGAUUUUCGUAUCGAUCCGGUUCCUUUGAAAACUGUCCGUCCUUUUGUGAUGGACACGGUUUCUCUCUCCAAAACUGAUAUAGACCCACUUGAGGACGAUAAAAUAUCCAACUAUUUAAUUGAAAAGGUAAAACAAUUAAUUUUGACAGCUGGAAAAGAAUCUUCUGGCUCAAACAAACUUCCAUUAAUAAAAUUAUAUGUGGAUUACAGUCAAGGAUAUUCCCCUUUGAGUCAUGCAAGAUUUAGUCAGUUUUUUGUGGAUAAAGUUGCAAAUCCAAAAUCAAUACUGAGCUGGUUUAGACAAAGACAGCCAUCUUCCUUGUCUGGCAGUGGGAGUCAUUCAGAUAGUAACGAAAUAAUUGAAGGAAUUGCUGCCACUGACGAAGAAGGAGGACAUCAAACGAUAGCUUCGCUUCUUAAAGAGUCACUGCUACAGGACAGGCUCUCUCUUCUCUCUGAGAAGAACCUUGUAGAAGCCGUUGAUGAGUUUGUAGAAAAGAAUGAGAGGGAGUCAAUCUCAGAUUUUGUGAAAUAUUCUUUGCAGCAGACUCAAGAGUAUUUGAAGACUGAGACUUUUCCUGUGUCAGAAAUAGUAGAGCAAUUGGAAAAGAACAGAGAAGAGAUAAUGAAGAGGCAAGAACAAUCCACAGCUGAACAUAUAGAGGCCAUAAGAACAUCACGUCCUCCUCAAGCUAGUAACAGAUUUAGUGACGAGAGUGAUGAAGAUAAGCAAGACAGUGGAGAGAAAGAAGAAACUUUAAACAAUUCCGGUACAUCAACUAGAGGACGUGGUAGAGGCAGAGGGAGGGGGAGGGGUAGGGGUAGAGGAGGAGCCACUGGUACAACUAGAAGCAAGAAAACUAGCAAUAAAUCUACUGCUUCUUCAUCUGUGGCAUCAUCAGUUGCUACCACACCCAUUCAGCUGUCUUUGGCUAGUACUGCUAAAGCAACACCAGCCAAAAAACAAGUGUCCAAGAGAACUCCAAAGCGAUCCAUUGUUUAUGAUGAAGACAAUAGUGAUGAUGUUGAUUUUGAAUUUAAUGCAAAUCCUUCUAAAAAGUCAAGAAACAUUAGUGCAAUAGAUGAAACAAUUGAUCUAACACAAGGAAGUUCAUCUAAUGAUGAUGACAAUCCUUUUGAACUGGAACCAAAGAAAAGAAAAAGAUAAACUUAUAUAUGCAUACACAUACCCACCACAAUCAUGCUACAUAGAUUCAUACCCUUACCAUAAAUCCUAUGAAUUCACUUAAUUGAGCACAUGCUGUGCAUGUUUUGAUAAAAUUUCCUGUUGUGUUGUUCUGUCAGU